AUGAACGUGAACUAUCUGAUCAUUUUUGCCAUCUGGCUCCUCGCCAGUAUCGGCUGCAGUGCUAAUAUCGUCGAUGAUCUUGUGCGUGUUUACUACGAGAUGACUGAGGCUGCCUUCGCUCCUCACCACGCGGUCAUCGUCCCUAAGUCCAACAAUCGUCGGCCCAAGGCCAACAAGCCCGAGGGAGUUGGCAAAACCCGUAACGAUGACAUCUUGACUGUGACUAUCUGUGAGACGGAGACUCCGGUGGCUCCCACCAUCGGAACCCUAUCCCUCCCAACAGUUGUCACCGCGCCUACCCUGAUUCCGACUGUUGUCGUGACUGGUUUUGCUCCUACUAUGACUAGUGUUGGCACUGAGGUUCCUUCGGAACGUACUACUGAACUGUCUGGUGGAGGCUCAACUGAGAUCCCUACCGGCCAGUCUCACGUCACCUCUGAUACCACUUUUGUGUCAGUUACCAAGUCUGUGGCGACUGGACAUUCAUCCGUCAUGACUGGAAUUCAGACUGUGCCUGAAACCACUGUGCCCCAUCCUACCUCAUCCGGGACUCACAGUGCUCCCAGUGAUGGGAAUGAUUCUAUUACUUCUUCAGUCGGUUCUGGAGAGCAGCAUGGAAAUCACACAGUCAGCACUGAUACCACUGCAUCGACUGGCACCCGUACUCAUGCGCACCCCUCGUUCCCUACCACCAACGAGGCCAAUGACUAUGAGGGCAUGGCGUCGUCCGCCUUUGCGUUGGCAGUUGCCUUGGCUUUCAGUCUCGUGCGUAUCUGA